UGCAUUGUGGGAUAGCGAAUGAUCAGCGAUGGCGGCCAGACUAAAGCGUCUGAAACUUUUCGUGGUAACUUAUUUGCAUGUAACGUUCCUGUCUUUGCACGCGUUUACCGACGCGGCGGACGUGGCGUGGGAUGAAAACGGAUACAUCCUGUACUGUCCGUGCAUGGGUCGGUUCGGAAACCAAGUGGAUCAUUUCCUCGGAUCGCUGGCUUUUGCUAAAAUGCUGAACCGAACGCUCGCGGUUCCGCCGUGGAUUGUUUACCGGCAUCAUUCCCCGCCUUUUCAAAAUGUGCAUGUUCCCUACAGUGAGUAUUUCCAAUUGGAGCCAGUGAAGCAGUACCACCGUGUGGUGAGUCUGGAGGACUUCAUGGAGCACUUGGCUCCUAAGCACUGGCCCCCGGGUCAGAGAGUGGCCUACUGCUUCGAAUCUGCAGCUCAGAGGAGCGUAGACAAAAAGAGCUGUCCCAUGAAGGACGGAAAUCCUUUCGGCCCCUUUUGGGACCAUAUCGGAGUCGACUUUGAUGGCUCCGUUCUCUUCGGAGGACUGUCGUUCAGCUCGUACUAUCAGCCUCACUGGAUAAAAAGGUUUCCUCCGAAAGAGCAUCCAGUUCUCGCUCUUCCAGGAGCCCCCGCGCAGUUCCCCAUUCUAGAGGAGCACAUCGGACUGCAGGAGUAUGUGGUGUGGUCUGAAAAAAUGGUACAGGAAGGAGAAGACCACAUCAGAAGCCUGCUAAACAGACCCUACGUGGGAAUUCAUCUGAGAAUCGGCUCGGACUGGCAAAAUGCCUGCAAGCUUCUGAAGUCGGGUGAAACCGGUCCUCACUUCAUGGCAUCUCCGCAGUGUGUGGGAUACGAGCGCCAGACCGCCCUGCCGCUGACCAUGGACAUGUGUUUACCAGACCUGCCUGAGAUCCGCCGCGCCGUCAAGCUCUGGGUGAAGAUCACCAACGCUCAGUCCGUUUACAUCGCCACCGACUCCGAAUCACACGCCGCAGAGAUUCAGAGACUCUUCAGGGGCAAGGUGAAGGUGGUGAGCUUGCAGCCGGACACCGCUCAGAUCGACCUGUAUGUCCUCGGUCAGGCCGAUCACUUCAUCGGCAACUGCGUUUCGUCUUUCUCGGCCUUCGUUAAAAGGGAGAGAGACGUUCGCGGGAGACCCUCGUCGUUCUUUGGGAUGGACUACCUGGGAAAAGGAAAGGAAAGGAGGAGCUCUGAUAAAAAUGAAGAUGUUACGUUUUUUGUAACUGAAGGGUGGUUGAGGUUUUGCAUGUUUCAGGUGUCUGGGCAGAUUUUGGACAAGAACGUUUGGAUAGGGUUCACGUAAUCAAAUGAAGGGAGAGCAAGAUUUAGUACCUUGAUAGUUUCUCUGGAUGCUGCAUUUCUCCCACGAUGCACUACUACAUUUACUGUGAGCAACCGUGAUAUCAUUGGUAUUUUUGUACUGGAACGUUUGCAUUAUUUGAGGAUGUAAAAACCGCCCCCUGUGAGGGCAGAGUUAUUAUACUGGAGACGGGUCGAGCGUUAAUGGUUGGAAAUGUUUUUUUCCGCUCUUUAUAACUGCAGGCCAUUUAAGACCUCCAGAGGCAUCCAGAUGUGCAGUGCUCUAAUGAAUGCUGAAAAUGAACAUGUGUGUCACUAUUUAAAGAAUGUGUGUCACAGGCUUUCUAAUGUCUUAGUAAUGCAUGGUGACAUUGUUUUUGAAAGUCAGUGCGAAACCAAACUGCAGAAACGUUUUAUAAAUGUUUUAAGAUGUACUUAUUAUUAAUUUUGUACAACUUUAAAUGACAUUCCUCAAGUUAGUUUACAAAUAAAAAUAUAACAAGCAGUA